ACACACACACACUCACACACUGCGCAGUCGAGUGUAGAGCAGCACGGCAGAGGGACUGGCUCCCGGAGAUCCGCGUCUCGAUCUGGUGUGUGUGUGAGUGUGUGUGAUACAGAGAGAGAUACAGAGAGAGAGGUUUCCGCAGGGUGAUCAGAUGGAGGCGGUGUCCGGGGCCGCGGCGCACAGAGCGUUGGGCGCGAGCCGCGGCGUGGAGCGCGCGCUGGAGGAGGCAGCGGGCUCGGGCUCGCUCAACCUGAGCGCGAGGAAGCUGAAAGAAUUCCCGACUGCGGCUGCGCAGUACGACCUCAGCGACACCGUGCACACAGAUCUUUCUAAGAACCGUUUGACGGAGGUUCCUCCUGAAGUCACGCGGCUGGUUUCGUUGGAAACGCUGAACCUUUAUCACAACUGUAUCAGAAGCAUUCCUGACUCCAUCAUCAGCCUGCAGUCUCUUACAUCAUUAAAUAUCAGUCGCAACCAGCUGUCGGUGUUGCCGGUGUGUGUGUGUGGUCUUCCUCUGCGAGUCCUCAACGCCAGCAACAACAAACUCAACGCUCUGCCGGAAAGCAUUGGCCAGCUCACCAACCUCAUGGAACUAGAUGUGAGCUGUAAUGAGGUCACAGCUCUCCCGCGUCACAUCGGACGGCUCAAAGCUCUGCGAGAGCUCAAUGUGCGCCGGAACCUUCUUUGUGUCCUGCCUGAAGACUUGGCAGAUCUACCUCUGGUAAAAUUCGAUUUUUCCUGUAAUAAAGUUUCCACGAUUCCCAUCUGCUAUCGCAAAAUGACGCAGCUACAAUCACUACAUCUAGAGAACAACCCACUACAGAGCCCCCCCGCACAGAUUUGUAUAAAGGGAAAAGUUCACAUAUUUAAAUACCUCGCCAUGGAGGCGUGUCGCAGCGCCAAGAUGGUCGACACCAUUUACCUUCCUGGUAUGGACCACCUCGGUCUAUCACGUCCCACCACUGGCAGUACGGAGGACAUCGAUCAACAUAGGAAACUCGACAGUGACUCCGGAGUGGGCAGCGAUAAUGGGGACAAACGCCUUUCUGCCACUGAGCCCUCUGAUGAGGACAGUCUGAGUCUGAAUGUUCCCAUGUCCAACAUCACAGAAGAGGAAGGAAUAUGUAAAGACGACUCCACUGAGCAUAUCAGUUCCCUAACAGCAGACACGAGCCCCUCUGACUCUGGACAGUUCAUCUACGGAGAUCCCGCCUACACGACCCGAUUUGUCAACUACAUCAAGAGUCGAGGUGUCGACUUCGACGAGCCUCUCAGAAUUGAGGAGGACAGUAACUGGGGAGCCGAGCAAUCGUCAAAGGUUAACCUGAUCAACCCGCUGAAGGAGGCCGUGGAGCUGUUGCAGAACCCUAACAGAGUGACAAUGAGCUCGGCUGAUUUGGCUGGAAUUAAACUCUACCCAGUGGAAAUGGUCACAGUGGACGAGUCUCUGAAUGGUCAGGAGAGUGAAGACGGACAGACAACGCCUAAGGACGGUCCGGAUGAAGGCUGGGAGUUCCAGAGGAAGAGGCAGUAUAUUCUGAACCGGGCUCGACUCAAGGCCCAGCUCGCCUGCCAGCAGUACACCUUCUAUGUGGCUCAAAAGGGUGAGAUGAUUUGUCCGGAGAAGGAGGAAGAGGAGGAGGAGGAGGGUCGGGGAGGGCGAGCGAGCAGUGAAGCUCAGAGCCCAGUGUAUUCACCACCGUUCGGCUUGAAACCUCGAUCAGCUCCGCCCCCUGUCCCAUCCUCUCCGUUGUCUGUCAAUAGAGACACGCCCAGUAGGCCACAUGACGGAUCCAUUCUGCAUAGCGUUUUCCUGAGAACUCCGAAGAGUCUCGAAUCAGUGGAUCCUCAGUUCACCAUGAGGAGGAAGAUGGAACAGCUGAGGGAGGAGCUGGAGCUCAUGGAGCAGCUACGAGAGAGCAUUGAGAGCAGACUGAAGGUUGCGCUUCCUGAAGACCUCGGCUCCUCGCUCAUGGAUGGGGUGGUGCUCUGUCAUCUAGCCAAUCACGUUAAACCGCGCUCGGUUGCUAGCAUCCACGUUCCUUCUCCAGCAGUACCCAAGCUCAGUAUGGCUAAAUGCCGGCGGAACGUCGAGAACUUCCUGGACGCCUGCAGGAAGAUUGGAGUUCCCGAGUCGUCUCUCUGUUCGGCAUUCGACAUACUGCAGUGUUCGCUGAGGCCGGUCCGGGGCACCGUCCGAGCCCUGGUGUCACUGGAGGACAAGGGAGUGAAGGAAAAAGAAGGAGGGGUGCACGGAGAAACAAAGGAAAGAGAAAAAGUGGAGAGCGAGAGCCUGAGUCCGUGCCAGGAUCAGUCCUCUCCCUGGCAUAUCUGGGAUCUGAUCGGCUCGAGUCUGGUGCAACUCUUCUGCCUGCUGCUUCUCUUCGGGGCCUACACCUGGAGCGAACUGACAUAACACACGUUCCUACACAAUACUCUAUACACACACACACACACACACACACUCACUCACUAAUGCACACUCUGUGGAUAGCACAUUUAAACCACACUGCCCAUGUUCCACUCGGGCUACUACCACAACAGCACCCUUCAUUCCUAUUAAAAAGCUAAAUAAAAGAGCAAAUCAAUAACCUAAUAGCAGAACAUUAUCACAGAUCAUUUACAAGGUUUCAGUUCUCUGAGAGUGUAAAAAGCACAGAAAUAUUUUGUUAUGCACCUGCAGGUUGUACAAUCGUGACAUGGAUGCAGAUUGGGUUUUAAACCGAGUGUAAAUGCGUCCCUGGGCUGUUUUAAUGUCACUUACAAGGACAAGGAGAAGUAUACAAUAACUACUGGAGGACAUGAGGACUCUGAAUGAACACUAGAUAGAUGAAAGCGUAUCUGUGCAUACACUCCGGGACAGAGGGUUAUUUUCUUACACAUAUGCGUUUAUGUCAAUGAAUUAGAAUUAUAUCGUCUGAACAAGUUAGAGAAUAAGAUGCUUGACAGUACAGAGGCCACGCCUCCUGCGUUUUGACCAACAGGCACAGUGACCUUCUCAGUCCCUAAUAGUGCAAAGGCCACACCCACUUCAUUGUGAUUUACAGGCACAGAGGCCACACCUCCUUCAUCGUACCUGGACAUGGACAGGCCACACCUCCUUUACUGUGAAUUACAGGCUCUUGAUUUAUUAGGCCACACCUACUACAUUUUACCUGAUAGUGUAUAGACCACACCACAAUCAUUGUGAGUGACAGACACAGAGGCCACGCCUCC